AUGAAAAUAAAUUGUGGUCAUCUCUUCUGUGCUGAAUGCUCAAAGUAUCUGACUCCUGUUCCCGAAAAGUGUCUGUUUACACCUCAGCGAGUCUGCCACGACUGUUAUCUUUCUCUUACUACUCCAAAUCUCAUCAUUGAAACUGUGGAGGAUACAUCUCCAGCUUCUUCCCCACUGCCUCUCUUCCACAACUCUAAAGUCGUUGCCUACCCCACAAUGUCCUCCCCAACCUCUGAAGAUCCUAUGUCGACUUAUAACGAUACGACCACGCUUACUAAGGCUGCCCUUACAGAGGUAUUUGGUUUAGGUCCUGGAUAA